UUCCUUUCUUUCAUACAAGUCCCCCAAGCUUACUCCAAUGGAGGGUACUCAACCAAACUUGAUGGAAAAUGGGUCGGUAAAACCUUUAUCCAAACACGAUUUGAUUCGUUUCAUUCGAUCGGUGGUCAUUUCGAACCAAAAACAACACGAAACGAACCCAUUUUACGUGCUGGAUUUGGGUGCCAUAAGGUCCUUGGUCCACACAUGGUUCCAUAAUCUUCCCCUUGUUCAACCUUUCUACGCUGUUAAAUGCAACCCUAACCCUGUUUUCCUCGAGGAAAUGGCCGCUCUCGGCACCGGUUUCGACUGCGCCAGCCGUGCCGAGAUCGAAACCGUUUUAUCUCUCGGGGUUUCGCCUGAUCGGAUCGUGUUUGCCAACACAUGUAAACCGGUGCCUCACAUCAAGUACGCGGCUGAAGUUGGUGUUAACUUGACUACUUUCGACUCGAACUGCGAGCUAGAAAAGAUUAGAAAAUGGCACCCCAAGUGUGCGCUGUUGAUCCGAGUCAAAGUUCCGGAAACCAGCGGCGCGACGUUCAAGUUCGGUUCCAAAUUCGGUGCACUCCCCGGUGAAAUCAUCCCGCUUCUAAGAGCAUCACAAGAAGCGAAGCUUAAAGUUAUUGGUGUCUCGUUUCAUAUAGGGAGCAGAGCGAUUAACUUCAACGCCUUCGAAGACGCCAUUGAAGUCGCUAAAACAACGUUCGACGCAGCAGCCAAACUCGGGUUGCCUAAGCUGCGUAUCCUAAACAUCGGCGGUGGCUUCACAUCGGGUCCGAAAUUUACCGAAGCAGCCUCCGCCGUGAAACUCGCUUUACAAAAACAUUUUCCCGACGAACCAGGCUUAAAACUCAUGGCGGAACCCGGUCGGUUCUUCGCUAAUUCAUCGUUCACAUUGGCGACGAGCGUAAUAGGGAAAAGGGUUAGGGAUGAGGUCAAGGAGUAUUGGAUCGACGACGGCGUUUCGGGGUCUAUGAACUUUUUGAAGUACGAUCAUGAUGAAGUGAUCUGCACUCCUCUGAUCGCCGGCAAGAACGGCAGAACGAAAGAGAUGAAAACGUGGAAUUCUACUGUUUUUGGACCGACAUGCGAUUCGGCUGAUAUAGUUUUGAAGGGUUUCGAAUUGCCGGAGCUGGAGGUUGACGAUAAGCUGGUGUUUCAUAACAUGGGAGCUUAUACUUCAUCUCGUGGCAACGAUUUCAAUGGCUUUAAAACCUCAGCCAUACCGACUUAUAUCGUCAAUAAAAAUUAAUAGGUAAACCACAAGAAUA